AUGGAUUGUGCCAUGAGGCUCCCAGUGAUCACAGAUGUCUCUGAGAUGAAGGGGGCCUCUCUGGAGGACUCAGGAGAGGUUGAGGAUUCCUGGAAGACCACGGAGUUUCGGUUCUCUCCCCACCGGGAGUCUAAAGACCUGUUCAUCCUGGGAGGAACUGAUGACAUUCAGGUGCUGCUGGAUGACAGUACCAUCAACAUGGCCACGGUGGCGUCCUCUCGCUACGUCGGACCCAUCAAGACCAGAGUAGACGAGUGGCAGAGGCAGCUAAACCUCUUCAGCCAGACACUGGAAGAGUGGCUGACGUGUCAGCGUAACUGGCUGUAUCUGGAGAGUAUCUUCAGUGCUCCAGACAUCCAGAGACAGCUUCCUGCUGAAGCCAAGAUGUUCCUCCAGGUGGACAAGUCCUGGAAGGAGAUUAUGAGGAAGGUCAACAGGCUUCCCAAUGCUCUGAGGGCUGCUACACAGCCAGGUCUGCUGGAGAUCUUCCAGAACAACAACGCCCUGCUAGAUCAGAUCCAGAAGUGUCUGGAGGCCUACCUGGAGUCCAAGAGAGUCAUCUUCCCCAGGUUCUACUUCCUGUCCAACGAUGAGCUCCUGGAGAUCUUGGCUCAGACCAGGAACCCCCAGGCCGUUCAGCCCCACCUCAGGAAGUGUUUUGAUGCUAUCGCCCGCCUGGAGUUCGCCCUGCUGCCCCCUCCGCCCCCCGGCGCCAUGACAACGCAGCCUGCAGACGGAGAGCAGGAGAAGGUCUACAGCAACGACAUUCUGGCCAUGGUCUCACCUGAAGGAGAGAAGGUGGGCCUGGCUAAAGGUCUGAAGGCGCGUGGUAACGUAGAGGACUGGCUGGGUAAAGUAGAGGAGGCCAUGUUCUCUUCCCUCCGCCCGCCUCAGCAAGGCCUCCAUCGCUGACUACCAGAGUAAAGAACGAGAGGAGUGGGUGGUGGCUGGACACCCCUC